CCCGGCCCGGCCCGGCAGCUGCCGCUCCCGUCCCGCUCCGACGGCGCCGCUGCCCGGGAGCGCCGGCCGCCAUAUUGUCACCCCCAGCGGGCCGGGGUCCGGCAGCCCCCCCCCGCGACAGGAGCGGGGAGAGACCCCCCCCGCGCCGCCCCCCGCGGCCCGGCCAGGAACAGGGCAAUGCUGUGAGCCCCUGGCUCUUGGGAGGCCCUGCAGCCCAUCACUUUUCUCUGUGCCGACGGAUGGAAACCACGGAUAGCUGCGACGUGGAAGCACUUUCCCUUUCCUCUUGAGCGGAUUGCUGCAGCGAGCUCUGCCCGGCCCAGCUGGCCCCCCCACCUGUCUGGAAUGCAGCUCACACCUUUCUCUGCCUCUCCCAGGACAGCUCAAGGCAGCAUCUGGGCUAUAGAUUAACCAAGGUUCAAGAUCAUAAAGGGCACAAGUCAUUUUACUUUCUGUGCAGCCCCCCGAAGAGGAUAGUACUGCAACAUUACUCCAGGUUGAUACCUGCCUUCGUUGCUCUGUCUGAGCACCGCGCCUAGCACUGGUGAUUGAGGUGCUGACCCUCUGUCUGUGGAAGCAUGUCGGGCCCAGUGCCAAGUCGAGCAAGGGUCUAUGCGGAUGUGAACACUCAGAGACCCCGCGAGUACUGGGACUACGAGUCACACGUCGUGGAAUGGGGCAACCAAGAUGACUACCAGCUUGUGCGGAAACUUGGCCGUGGCAAAUACAGUGAAGUCUUUGAAGCCAUCAACAUCACGAACAAUGAAAAAGUUGUGGUGAAAAUCCUUAAGCCAGUAAAAAAGAAGAAAAUCAAGCGUGAGAUUAAGAUCCUGGAGAAUCUCCGAGGAGGCCCCAAUAUUAUCAGUCUGCUAGAUAUAGUCAAAGACCCCGUGUCUCGCACGCCUGCCCUGGUCUUUGAACAUGUCAACAACACAGACUUCAAGCAAUUGUACCAGACACUAUCUGACUUCGACAUUCGAUUCUACAUGUAUGAAAUCCUAAAGGCACUGGAUUACUGUCACAGUAUGGGGGUCAUGCAUCGAGAUGUCAAGCCACACAAUGUCAUGAUAGACCACGAGCACAGAAAGCUGCGGCUGAUAGACUGGGGGCUGGCUGAGUUCUAUCACCCUGGGCAGGAGUACAAUGUUCGCGUGGCCUCGAGGUAUUUCAAGGGACCGGAGCUCUUGGUAGACUACCAGAUGUAUGACUACAGCUUGGACAUGUGGAGUUUGGGCUGCAUGUUGGCCAGUAUGAUCUUCCGGAAGGAGCCCUUCUUCCACGGCCACGAUAACUAUGACCAGCUUGUGCGGAUCGCGAAAGUGCUGGGAACGGAGGAUCUGUACGACUACAUCGACAAGUACAACAUAGAGCUGGAUCCCCGCUUCAAUGACAUCCUAGGCAGACAUUCCCGCAAGCGGUGGGAGCGCUUCGUGCACAGUGAGAACCAGCACCUCGUGAGCACAGAGGCACUCGACUUCCUGGACAAGCUCCUGCGCUACGACCACCAGACGCGGCUCACUGCCCGGGAGGCCAUGGAGCACCCGUACUUCUAUCCCAUAGCGAAAGAUCCAGCCAGGAUGGGCCCCUCAGCUGGACUGUCAGCCAGUAACACACCUGUCAGCUCCUCCAGUAUGUUGGCAGGUCUUACCUCAAUGUCUGCAUCCCAGCCCAUUGGCAGCUUGGCCGCAUCGCCCGUCAUCUCCUCUCCAAACGCUCUGGGGUCGCCAGUUCCUGCUGCAGCUGGAGUGCAGCCCUGAACUCAGUUCUCAGCCUCUGGCUUCGAGCCCUACCAAGGCUGCGCUUGCCUCGUACGCUCCUGCCCUAUUCCUCCAAGCGCUGACCCGCUCUGCCACCUGCGAGCCGCAGCUUUCCAGAGGGCAGGAACCGGGGGGGCUCUCUGGAAUUUUAUUCGUAUUUCUGUUGAGUAUGAAAAAAGAGCAAAACCAUAGGUUCCUUUUUCCCUCUGUGCGGUAACGAUAUCAAACUCUCUGGCUGUGGCCAAAGGCUGAUCUUGUUGUCUGUCGGGGUAAAGAGUUAGCUGCAUUCUUCUCAUGAGGAUCAUGGUUAGUGAUGCAACUACAAUGUAGAAAUUUCAAAUGGAUAAUAAAAUUUAUUUUCUAUGUCCCUAA